UUUAAUUUUUUUAAAAAUAUUGCAUUAAGUUGAUUUCUUCAAGCUCGACGAUUAAAUAAAAAGAGAUUAUUAUGAUUUCGAGCAAGCCGCUAUGGUGAAAUCGGUAGACACGCUGCUCUUAGGAAGCAGUGCUAGAGCAUCUCGGUUCGAGUCCGAGUAGCGGCACAACAUCCUGUAAUUUUCAACUUUCAAAAGAAUAUACUAAAUCCUAUAAAGAAUUCAAUUCUUAAUUUCUAAUUAAAGAACGCUCCUGCUUUUUGCUUUUUUGAUUGAAUUUUUGGAUUUAAUUUAAUUAAAAAUUUUUAUGAUAUUUUCAACUUUAGAACAUAUAUUAACUCAUAUAUCUUUUUCAGUCGUGUCACUUGUAAUUACAAUUCAUUUGAUAACUUUAGUAGUUGAUGAAUUCGUCGAAUUAUAUGAUUCGUCAGAAAAAGGCAUGAUAACUUCUUUUUUCUGUAUAACAGGAUUAUUAGUUACUCGCUGGAUUUUUUUGGGCCAUUUACCAUUAAGUGAUUUAUAUGAAUCAUUAAUCUUUCUUUCAUGGGCUUUUUCCAUUAUUCAUAUGAUUCCGUAUUUUAAAAAACAUAAAAAUUAUUUAAGCGCAAUAACCGCGCCAAGCACAUUUUUAACCCAAGGGUUUGCUACUUCAGGUCUUUUAAUUAACACGCAUCAAUCCAAAAUAUUAGUGCCCGCUCUUCAAUCCCAGUGGUUAAUGAUGCACGUAAGUAUGAUGAUACUGGGCUAUGCAGCUCUUUUGUGUGGAUCAUUAUUAUCAGUAGCAUUUCUAGUAAUCACAUUUGGAAAAAUCAUAAGAAUCCUUGAUAUUGAUAAAACCAAUAAUUUCUUAAAUGAUUCAUUUUCCUUUAGUGAGAUACAAUAUAUGGCGGAAAGGGAGAGUCCUUUAAGAAAUAUUUCUUUUCUUUCUUCUAAGAAUUAUUACAGAUUUCAAUUGAUUCAACAAUUAGAUGAUUGGGGUUCUCGUAUUAUAAGUAUAGGGUUUAUCUUUUUAACCAUAGAUAUUCUUUCAGGAGCAGUCUGGGAUAAUGAAGCAUGGGGGUCAUGUUGGAAUUGGGAUCCCAAGGAAACUUGGGCAUUUAUUACGUGGACCAUAUUUGCAAUUUAUUUGCAUACCCGAACAAAUAAAAAUUUGGAGGGUUUAAAUUCCGCAAUUGUCGCUGCUAUGGGUUUUCUUAUAAUUUGGAUAUGCUAUUUUGGAGUUAAUUUAUUAGGAAUAGGCCUGCAUAGUUAUGGUUCGUUUACAUUAACAAUUAAUAUAUAAUUGAA